AUGUGCAUUUAUGUAACGACGUAUGAUCAAGAUGUAAUUUUAUCCGAGUAUGAAUAUAGUCCAAUAGGCGGUUUGCGUAUUGCUCGUGUAACACCUGAAAAUCAAGUCGUGUGGAAUCAUACCUAUGAUUUAACGCCUCAAUCGUCCAUCGUUGUUGUUCACAAACAGUUGGAAUGUAUUUGGUUUGCUCAAUUCUCAGAAUUAACCAAUUCGUCUUAUCUCGUAGGUCUGUAUGCGACGAAUGGAACCGUUCGACACAAUUUUACUAUAUCAAAUUAUAUUAAAUUUCAAGUGGAUUUACAAUCUGCGCACAUCUGUGCCAUAUCCUAUGAUUAUCACUGGCAAACGCCUAACUUCACACUACAAUGUUUUGAUGCAUCAUUGGACAUGGAACAAUUAUUGUGGACAACAAAUUUAACUAUGGGAGAUAAAGUAGGCAAGUUCGGUGCAUUCGCCUCGUCCCCAGCAAUAAAUUCAAAAAUCAAACGUGUAUAUGUUUCGACGAUACCUGGUUUCAUUUAUCCGGUUGGGUACGGAAAUAAUUCUCUGAUUGGAAUUGACCUUGACACUGGGAAAUUAGUCUUUCAGAACUGGUUAUAUACGGCGGCACAUUGGUUGGGAAUCGGCCAUCCUCUAUCAUCGGCAAAUGCUGAUGGAAUUGUUUACUUGUCGGGACGAACAUUGAUGGCAUUCAAUGGCAAAAAUGGUACGUUAAGAUAUUUGCGAGCUCGACCAGCCACGUAUGACGAACGUGUGGAUAGUACGGUGAAUGAUACGAGUAUUAUCAAUAUUAAUUAUCUCGGUGAUUUUACAUAUCGACAAAUUUUAUCGUUGUGGGACGGUGACAAGGGACAACUACUGUGGAAUGUCAGUGUGAGCAACAACAAUUUCUACGUAAAUUAUCCAGUGACGACUACUGUUCGCCCACGUGACCAUUUACAUUUGACUGCACAAGAUAAUCUAAUCAUUGGUCGCUUGCCGUUGUCAAAUGAACCAGUUUGGACGUUUAAUACAUCGGUAGCUCAAGGUCGUGUGGCACGUCUAGGUGUUACUGACAAAACACUGUUCGUUGUGGUUGUAUUCUAUGAACAUCAAGAAUUAUGGAAAAUCUCUCUACCAGAACCGUUUGUUCUACAGCAGCAAGAAAAACGUUCAUUUUCAUCCAACUAUACGCAAUGUGGUGCCUAUUGCACUAACUACACUGAUUGUCUAUCAUAUUCUUGUAGUAAAUGUAGUAAUAACCAAUGUGUCACAGCAGAUCCCUUUCCGAGUUCGUGUCAGAACGAGGGCGACUGCAAUCAAAUGAUCACCACGUGUCUUAGUGGAUCUUGUCGGACAAUGUGGCCAGACUGUGGUGGAUUAUGCAAUGGUUAUUGGGCAAAAUGCUCUUCUGGUGAUUGCUCACGCUGUUCUGGAUAUGAUUGUCAGUCUUAA